AGGUCCGUAAAAAAAAUUCGUUUUUUAGUAAGUACCUAUUAACUAUCAAGUUGAUUAAUAACAGUGCAUAAAAAUGGCAUCUCCGACACCGACAAAACGAAAGAGAAUUUCUUGGUCAGAUAAAGAAGUGAAAGAUUUAUUAGCAAUCUUCAAAGAAAGAAAUAUAAUGUCUGCUUUAGACGGAAAAAGAUACAGAAAUGGAGAAAUAAUAAUUAUUUGUUAUCUUUAAGUCUCAACUUCAGUAUGUUUGUAAAUAUAUUUUUUUCAUGUAGAUUUUGGGAGCUGUUCAAAUAGAAAUGAAGGCUUUAGGACACAACAAAAUUGUUGAACAAAUUAGAGCAAAAUGGAAGGCUUUAAAACAUUUAUACAAAGAUAAGGAAUAUUGCAAUAGAAAGAGUGGUAAUGAUCGCAAGGACGGAGGUGAAUGGGAUGAAGAAUUGGAUGAACUUUUGAAGACACGUCCAUCUGUUAAACCAUUGGAGUAUGGAGUUGAUUCCAUUGAAUCGGAUAAUGAAGUCCAAGAGGAUUUACAAAUAAAUGAUAUGGAAGUCAUUUUUAGUAACAAUAUUGAUUACAAUAUUGACAUUGCUGGAACUAAUUUAACUGUAGAAGGCCCUGAAGUAUGUACUGAAACAAUAAGUCCAGUUCAACCUUCGAAAACACAAAGGAAAAGUAUUGAAAAGGCAUCAGGUUUGGCAAAGGUCUUAGAUGCAUUUACUGAAAAAUGGCAAACCGCACAAAGUAAAAUGAAUUUAGAUUUCAUUGAAGGGCAAAAUAAUAUGUUACAACAAGAGUUCGAUAAACAAAGAGAAUGGGAAGAAAAAAUUCUAAUUGAAGAACGUGAGAUUGUCAAAGCUGAGAGAGAAGAAAGCAAUGAAUUGUUUAAGUUGUUGAUUAAUGCAAUUAAAGACUCAUCAAAAUAAUAAGUAUU